CUCUGAAUUUCUUCUUUCCUACAGACCCAAGAGACACCAUGGGGGUAGACUUUGAUGUGAAGACAUUCUGUCAUAACCUGCGGGCCACCAAGCCUCCCUACGAAUGUCCUGUCGACACCUGCCGCAAGAUCUACAAGAGCUACAGUGGCAUUGAGUACCACCUAUACCACUACGACCAUGACAACCCACCGCCACCACAGAAUACUCCUCUGCGCAAGCACAAGAAGAAAGGCAGGCAUGGGCGUGUGGCCAACAAACAAUCACCCAGCCCUUCCGAGACUUCUCAGUCACCGGGCCGCGAAGUCAUGACCUAUGCACAGGCCCAGCGCAUGGUGGAGGUGGACUUGCAUGGCCGGGUUCAUCGGAUCAGCAUCUUUGACAACCUGGAUGUUGUCUCGGAAGAUGAUGAGGCUCCCGAGGAGGCUCCGGAGAACAACAGCAACAAAGAGAACACGGAAACGCCCUCAGUGGCCCCCAAAGCUGGCAAACACAAGAACAAGGAGAAGCGCAAGGACUCCAAUCACCACCACCACCACAGUGCCUCAGCUGGCAACACGCCCAAGCUUCCAGAGGCUGUGUACCGUGAGCUGGACCAGGACACGCCUGAUGCACCGCCUCGCCCCACCUCCUAUUACAGAUACAUUGAGAAGUCAGCAGAAGAGCUGGAUGAAGAAGUUGAAUAUGAUAUGGAUGAGGAAGAUUAUAUCUGGCUGGACAUUAUGAAUGAGCGCCGGAAGACGGAAGGGGUCAGCCCUAUUCCACAGGAGAUCUUUGAGUACCUGAUGGACCGGCUGGAAAAGGAGUCCUACUUUGAGAGCCACAACAAGGGAGACCCCAACGCCUUGGUGGAUGAGGAUGCUGUCUGCUGCAUCUGCAAUGACGGGGAAUGUCAGAAUAGCAACGUCAUCCUCUUCUGCGAUAUGUGCAACCUGGCAGUGCAUCAGGAGUGCUAUGGUGUCCCCUAUAUCCCAGAGGGCCAGUGGCUGUGCCGUCGCUGCCUGCAGUCGCCUUCCCGGGCUGUGGACUGUGCCCUUUGCCCAAACAAAGGAGGUGCUUUCAAACAAACAGAUGAUGGGCGGUGGGCUCAUGUGGUGUGUGCCCUCUGGAUUCCAGAGGUCUGCUUUGCCAACACAGUCUUCCUGGAACCCAUUGACAGCAUAGAGCAUAUCCCACCAGCCCGUUGGAAAUUGACCUGCUAUAUCUGCAAGCAGCGAGGUUCGGGGGCCUGUAUCCAAUGCCACAAAGCUAACUGCUACACUGCCUUCCAUGUUACCUGCGCUCAGCAGGCUGGGUUGUACAUGAAAAUGGAGCCCGUCCGGGAGACAGGGGCCAAUGGCACCUCCUUCAGCGUCCGCAAGACAGCGUAUUGUGACAUCCACACACCGCCGGGCUCCAUGCGACGCCUGCCUGCCCUCUCCCACAGUGAAGGGGAGGAAGAGGAGGAGGAAGAGGAGGAGGAUGGGAAAGGGUGGAGCUCAGAGAAGGUGAAAAAGGCCAAGGCAAAGUCCCGGAUCAAGAUGAAGAAGGCAAGGAAGAUCCUGGCAGAGAAAAGAGCGGCUGCCCCAGUGGUGUCGGUACCCUGCAUUCCUCCCCACAGGCUCAGUAAGAUUACCAACCGCUUGACCAUGCAAAGGAAGAGCCAGUUCAUGCAGAGGCUGCACAGCUACUGGACCCUGAAGAGGCAGUCCCGCAAUGGUGUUCCCUUGCUACGCCGGCUCCAGACUCACCUGCAGUCACACAGGAAUUGUGAGCAAAGUCGGCCAGCUCCUCCUCCGCCUGUGUCCAAGACUGAGCAGACUCUGAUGUUCCUGCAGCGAGAUAACACAGAGGAUAAGAACUGGGCCCUGAAAGAGCAGCUGAAAUCCUGGCAGCGCCUCCGCCACGACCUGGAACGAGCGCGCUUGCUGGUGGAAUUAAUUCGGAAACGGGAGAAGCUCAAGAGAGAGACGAUUAAAAUCCAGCAAGUGGCCCUGGAGAUGCAGCUGACCCCAUUCCUCAUCCUCCUGCGCCGGACACUUGAGCAGCUCCAGGAGAAGGACACAGGCAACAUCUUCAGCCAGCCGGUCCCGCUGUCUGAGGUAACAGAACUCUACGAAGUCCCCGACUAUCUGGACCACAUUAAGAAGCCUAUGGACUUCUACACCAUGAAGCAGAAACUAGAGGGUUAUCACUACUUGAAUCUGGAUGAGUUUGAGGAGGACUUCAACUUGAUAGUUACCAACUGUUUGAAGUACAAUGCCAAAGACACCAUCUUUUACCGGGCAGCUGUCCGGUUGCGAGAGCAAGGAGGGGCUGUGUUGCGGCAGGCCCGGCGGCAGGCUGAGAAGAUGGGCAUUGACUUUGAGACUGGCAUGCAUUUCCCCAUGGCUGGGGACGAGGCACCUCUGCGGAGCACUGAGAACGAUGAGGAGCGGCUGCUGCUGUCUGAAAAUCAGAAGCACUUGCCCCUCGAAGACCAGCUGAACCUCCUGUUGGAGCGCCUGGCUGAGGUGAGCUCUGGAAAGCAGAGCGUAGGCCGCUGUCGGCGGGCCAAGAUGAUCAAAAAGGAGAUCACGGCCUUGCGGCGGAAGCUGGCGCAUCAGCGGGAGACAGGAAGGGAGGGGCAUGGCCCCUUGACCCGCAUCAUUCUGCCCACCCACAACCCCUGCGAGAAGGACACUCAGACCGACAGUGCCGCCGAGGAGAGCAGCAGCCAGGAAACCGGCAAAGGCCUUGGCCCCAACUCUUCCUCCACUCCAGCUCAUGAAGUUGGCAGAAGGACCUCAGUGCUUUUCUCCAAGAAGCAUCCCAAGACUGCCGGGCCUCCCAAACGUCCUGGGCGUCCACCCAAGAACCGUGACAGUCAACUGGCCCCAGGUCAUGGAAACAGCCCAGUGGGGCCCCCACAGCUGCCAAUCAUGAGCUCCCAGCGGCAACGCAAGAGAGGCAGGAGCCCGCGCCCCAGCACCAGCUCAGACAGUGACAGUGACAAGUCAGCAGAUGACGCUCCUCUUGACUUGCCAGCCAAUGGCUUCAGCAGUAGCAGUCAGCCUGUCAAGAAAAGUUUCCUCGUGUAUCGCAGUGACUACAACCUCCCACGUAGCAGCUCCGACUCAGAGUCGAGCAGCACCAGCAGCAGCAGUGCCGCCUCCGACCGCACCAGCACGACUCCUUCCAAACAAGGGAGGGGCAAGCCUUCCUUCUCCCGUGUGAAUUUCCCAGAGGACAGCAGCGAAGACUCAUCGGGAACCGAAAACGAAUCCUACUCAGUGGGAACCGGUCGAGGAGUUGGCCAUGGCAUGGUGCGGAAGAGCAUCAGCCGGUCGGCUGGCUGGCUCUCUGAGGAUGAGGACUCCCCUCUGGAUGCCUUGGACCUGGUCUGGGCAAAAUGCCGGGGUUACCCAUCUUAUCCAGCACUGAUCAUUGACCCUAAGAUGCCGCGGGAAGGAAUGUUCCAUCACGGUGUCCCCAUCCCUGUGCCUCCCUUAGAGGUGCUGAAGCUGGGAGAACAGAUGACUCAGGAAGCACGGGAACAUCUCUACCUGGUCCUCUUCUUUGAUAAUAAGCGUACCUGGCAGUGGUUGCCCCGUACCAAGCUUGUGCCCCUGGGUGUGAACCAGGACCUGGACAAGGAGAAGAUGCUGGAAGGGCGCAAGUCCAACAUCCGCAAGUCCGUCCAGAUCGCCUACCACCGUGCCAUGCAGCACCGCAACAAGGUGCAAGGGGAGCAAAGCAGCGACUCCAGCGAGAGCGACUGACCUUCCGAGGGCCCCCCGCCCUGGGCGCUCGCUCAGUGCAGCUGGACUGUACAGGAGAGGGGCGCAGGGAGCUCCAGCCUUGGGGAACCGGGGCCCUCGGCCUAGCCGCGGGAGCCUGUGCAGAGCACUCGGUGGUCCCUCAAGCUUGCCGGGCGCACCCACAGAGCACCCUGCCCUCCACGGGAGCGAGCCUACCUCUUGCGCCAGCCUGCCCUUCCUUGCCCUGUGCCUAGGACUGCCCUGGCCAGCUGCUUGAGCAAGGCCCAGCUGCCUGUGUCGCUCCCAAGGACAAGACCCCACUGCUGUCUGGGUCCUCGGGCUCUAUGCCUUUGUAAGAUACUGUACUAUAGUGGGAGAAUGUAAAUUAUUGGGGCUGCUCUAUACUCACACAGAACCUGGAAUCCCCCUCCCUCCCCAACUUCCCUGCAUCCUAGCAAUCUCUCCAGACCCAUCUGCCUUUCCUUGGCCCAGCCCUUCCGACACUCGCAGAGCAGGGCCGCUGUCUUCUCACUCGCACACAUUUUGAUACUAUAGCCUUUUUUGGAGCCUGGCUCUCUGCCUGACCCUAACCCGUCCCCACCCCGUAGGAACCCGGCUCUUCUUUGUGCUGCAGCCGGGUGGGCAUUUGUACUUGUAUUUAUUUUGGAGGAAGAAGAUCUCUAUUGAUUCUUAGAAAAUAAAAAUGGUCUUUCAGAACCAA